ACCAGCAGCCAGUGAAACCUUCUAACUCCAAGGAAAACACUAUAAACAGAGAGAAUGUGGCUCCCUCUGUUGGUGGUGUUGGGUCUGAUCCUCCUUUACAGAUGGCACAGACAGAGUCAGAUACUGGAGAAUAUUACAGACAAAUAUGUCUUCAUCACUGGAUGUGAUACAGGAUUUGGGAACACGGUGGCAAAACAGCUGGAUAAACGUGGGAUGAAGGUUCUGGCUGCCUGUCUAACCAACGCAGGAGCUAAUGACUUAAAGAAGGAAUGCUCCAGCAGAGUACAAACCGUGAUCUUGGAUGUUACAGACAGCCAAAGUGUUAGUUCUGCUGCCGCAUGGGUCAAAGGCAUUGUUGCAGAUAAGGGUCUUUGGGGUCUAGUGAAUAAUGCUGGAAUCUUAAUCCCUUUGGCCCCUAAUGAAUGGCUGACAAGGGAUGAUUUUCGCAAGGUACUGGAAGUCAAUCUCUUGGGUAUGGUAGAUGUUACACUCAACCUGCUUCCUUUUAUAAGAAAAGCGAAAGGACGCAUUGUCAAUGUAUCUAGUAUUGCUGGAAGGGUAACACUGUGUGGAGGUGGCUACUGCUUAUCCAAGUAUGGCGUAGAAGCUUUUUCUGACAGCUUAAGGAGGGAGCUCAAGCCUUUUGGAGUGAAAGUCUCCAUCAUUAAUCCUGCUUUCUUUAGAACAUCAAUUCUGAAUGCAGAAGUAAUAAACAACCGUGUUACAGACAUUUGGAACAAACUGCCUCUGAACCUAAAAAAUGCCUAUGGGGAGAAGUAUUUUCAACAAUAUUGUAAAUUCAUUAUUAAAAUAUGUUCCAUGACCAACCCAAAAAUCACAGUUGUGACAGAUUGUAUGGAGCAUGCCCUAACAGCAGUGCAGCCAUGGACACGAUAUUCUGCUGGCUGGUAUGCCAAACUGUUCUAUAUGCCCUUGUCAUAUCUCCCCACAUUUGUGGGAGAUUUUUUUCUUGACUCUUCGCCAGAUGUACCCAAAUGAGAAACUGAAGAAUGAAUG